AUGAUUCGGACGUCUCACGAUACUGCACGCACAAAACUUGGCGCAUUUCCCUGCCAGGAUGAUUUUCGCAGUUAUGGUGGUACAUGUAAUAACCAAGAAAACGCAGAUUGGGGCUCCUACAACAAAGCACUGAAAAGAAUAGGCUCUGGGAAAUUCGAUCCCGCUUUUCUUCCAGGAACAAAUGAUUUCCCUGCAGAUGGAAUGCCAAAUCCACGUAUCGUUAGUCGGAUCUUGUUUCGACAAUCUUCAUCGCGUUUAUCAGUUCGCCAGGUAACCUCGAUGGCUGUAUUUUGGGGACAGUUCAUCGAUCACGAUAUAGGCCUCACACCGGACUCGGGCAAAACUGUAUUUGAAGAGAGAAUGGACAUUGAUAUUGUGGAAAAGGAAGACCCCUUUCAUUUUCGACAUGGAGGAAAAUUAGAGUUUGCGAGGUCCAGAGGCGUACUAGACGGAAAGGCGUGCUGCGGUAUAGGAAUAGCUGAACGAUUUCCCAGGGACCCAAUCAAUCUUCAAAGCAGCUUUAUAGAUGCAUCACAUGUUUACGGAUGUCACAGAGAGAGGCUGAAACCUUUGCGAACCUUCAAAGAUGGACAGUUGCGAGUCGGGUUGACACAUGAAAAUGGGGAGCACCUUCUUCCCAAAAACGCAGUUUCAGAAAUAGGAAGAAAAGUGGAGAAUGCGCAGUCUUCCUCAGACAACCAUUUCGUUGCAGGUGAUAUCCGCGCCAACGAACAACCUGUUUUGACCAGUCUCCACACUUUAUUCAUGAGGGAACAUAAUAGACUGGCAAGGAUGCUGGUAGAGAGCUUCCCAUGCUGGCAGGAUGAAAAGGUGUUUCAAUACAGCCGGAAAAUUGUUGCCAGCCAAAUCCAACAGCUAACUUAUCGGUUUUUUAUCCCUGCUCUUCUCGGGAGGAGGCACGGCCUUCGUCAGUAUCGCGGAUAUCAUAACAAUGUCGAUCCAUCGAUUGCUAAUUUCUUCUCGACAUGUGCCUUCCGUUUUGGUCACAGUAUGGUACCGGAGACACUCACACUUCUCGAAACUGGUCGCCGGGCACAUUCAAAAUCCGGUACAACUCUGCAAUCUGUUUUUUUCGAUCCCUCGUUUAUCACCGAAAUAGGUAUAGAAGCUUUGCUAUUAGGAGCUUCGCACCAAGUCGCCGAGUCUGUAGAUUGCCAAAUCGUCGAUUCUUUGCAAAAUGAGUUGUUCAAGAAUGCCACUGGCGGAGUUGAUUUAGUCUCCAUCAAUAUUCAACGUGGACGUGAUCAUGGGAUUCCGAAGUAUAAUGAUGCCCGAGAAAUGUAUGGUUUGAGAAGGAAACGGUCAUUCGAAGAAGUAACCAGCAAUCAUACCCUCGCACAAAUUCUUUCUUCUCUAUAUACUUCAGUGAAUGAAAUGGACAGCUUCGUUGGGGGUCUAGCUGAAGAUCAUAUUGAGGAUUCAGAAUUAGGCGAGCUUUUUCACACAGCAGUACGAGACCAGUUCACUAGACUCCGUGAUGGGGACAGAUUUUUCUAUAAGAAUACAGAUUGGCCUUUGGACAUGGCUAACUUCAAACCAGUAGAGGAGCUGAAUCGCGAAUCUCUAACCAUACAAGAUAUUAUUGCGCGAAACAGCGGUGGCGCGCUUCGAAAAGAAGAUUUCGAUGAAAACGUAUUCCAGAAAGCCUGA